AGCAGCCUGCCCUGUGAGCCGCCAGCAUGGAUGACAUCUACAAGGCCGCGGUAGAGCAACUGACAGAAGAGCAGAAAAAUGAGUUCAAGGCAGCCUUUGACAUUUUCGUGCUGGGCGCUGAGGAUGGCUGCAUCAGCACCAAGGAGCUAGGCAAGGUGAUGAGGAUGCUGGGCCAGAACCCCACACCAGAGGAGCUGCAGGAGAUGAUUGAUGAGGUGGACGAGGACGGCAGUGGCACAGUGGACUUCGAUGAGUUCCUGGUCAUGAUGGUUCGGUGCAUGAAGGAUGACAGCAAAGGGAAGUCUGAGGAGGAGCUGUCUGACCUCUUCCGCAUGUUUGACAAAAACUCAGACGGUUACAUCGAUUUGGAAGAGUUGAAGAUGAUGCUGCAGGCUACAGGAGAGACCAUCACGGAGGACGACAUUGAGGAGCUCAUGAAGGAUGGUGACAAGAACAAUGAUGGGCGCAUUGACUAUGAUGAGUUCCUGGAGUUCAUGAAGGGAGUGGAGUAGUAAUUGACCCUCACCAGAAUUGCCUGUGCCCAUGCCGACUCCAGCCAGGCCCUGGGAUUGGACAGAGGCCAGGGUCCCAGGACCUGAAAUUGAACCUGGCCAUGUCCU